AUGUCGUGGAUAGCCGUUCUCGCGGCUGCGACGGCCCUCUGCUCCUUUGGGCAGAGGGCCUUUCUGGCCACCACAGCGGCGCCUGCGCCGGCGACACCGGCAUUGCGAGGACGCGCCAGCCUUCGGAAUGAAAACAGUGGGGCACGAGGCUUUGGACUGGUUGUCGGAGGCGCCGCUCUGGCACUGGGAGUUUCUGUUGGAAGGCAGGAAAGGACCAGGAGUGCCACCUCCGUCCGUGCCGUGACAGAGGUAGCGCAGGUGAAGUUGUCCAAGAUCACUGGCGGGAAAGCCACGCCAGCCCCACCAGUGGGCCCUGCCAUUGGGGCAUUCGGCUUGAACAUCGCCAUGUUCGUGAAGGAGUACAAUGCUUUGACUGCAGACAAGGUCGGCCAGACCUGCCCUUGCAUCGUCCAUGUGAUGAGCGACAAGAGCUUCAAGAUCGAGCUCAAGACACCGCUCACAGCCGCACUGCUUCACAAGGCCGUGAAUAAACAAAAAGGCUCUGGCAAAGCAGGCACAGACAUCAUCGGUAGCAUCACCAUCGAAAAGUUGGAAGAGAUUGCGAAGUUGAAGCUGCCGGACUUGAACUGCGAGGACAUCACCCGAGCCAUGAAGAUCGUGCAUGGAACGGCUGUGGCCUCUGGCAUCAAAGUCGAAGGCUACGAGGAGUGGAUGGAGACUGCUGUGCCGAAGCCAAAGACAAUCAUGGACAGAUACGGUCCAGGAGUGGCAAAGUUGCCGGCGCCGUGGGGCGAGGGGCCGCCACUCGAGGCUGCUGAAGACGAAGCAGCUGAGCCAGUUGAAGCAGCUGAGCCAGUUGAAGCAGCUGAAUAG